AUGCGUCCCGCCCUCCUCGUCGCCUCUGCGAGCGUCGCUUUUGCGCACGUCGUCGCCGCAACGUCGCCCGACUUUGUCUCCCCACUACCCGCCACCCUCCUCUCCUCACCACCGCCUCCCGCUGCUGCCGCCGCCGCCGACAACCAAUCAGCCCCGAGUCAACAAGAUAUCCAGGCCUCGGCCCGUCCCUCCUCCGUCUCGCCCUCCGUCUCGCUACCCAUGAGUCGUACAGCCACUCACCUCUCCUCCACCUCCCACCUUUCCGAUGCGCGGCCCAAUGCCACUGCUUCUCAGGCCGCAGAAGUUACCGGAGGCGCCAUCCCCCAGCAAAUGCAGGCUUCGGUCGUAGGCCUGCUGGGGUUUUGCAUCGUCGGUCUGGUCAUGUUAUAG